AUGACUGAUUCGUCUUCAAGCGCAGUUGACAAGCUGGACACCGAUGAGAAUAAUAGCAACGAAAGUGAGAGUAGUCCAUCACCUCCAAGCUAUGCUGUAUUUGAAGAUGAACAUGGUAAUCUCGUCAAUCCAGCUCUUAAUGUGAUUUGGCCAAUGCGUCCACGUCGAGGGCGCUAUUCACUUAAGGAAUACAGAGAGCAAAAACAGCGUUUUCAAAAGCAUUCUGAACAACAGCGACAAAAUAAAAAGUACGAUUUCAAGAGUAGAAAGCAGUCAAAAGGACAGCUUGAAGUGUCACAUAGCCAUGCAACAGAACAAACGAAAGACAGUAGUAGUAGUAGUAUCUAUGUGGGCGUUCAAUCGACAUCCAGUCUGCGCUACAUUUUGCAACCUACAGAAUUUCGUCUUUUUUACAUGCGACCAGAAUCAAUGAAUUCAUUCAGUCAGAUGAGUAAUUGA